AUGUCUUCGCCUAAUUCGAACGCGUCGCACGACGCCCAGCUGGCAAACAAGCCCAAGAAACUCGAACAGAUUUCGUUCCGAUUUUGCUCGGAAUGCUCUAAUAUGCUCUACCCCAAGGAGGACGAAGACGCCCACAAGCUCCAGUUCACCUGCCGAACGUGCCAGUACACCGAGGAUGCCACAACCACCUGCGUCUUCCGAAACGUCCUCAACGAGACCGCAGGAGAGACCGCCGGUGUCACCCAGGACGUGGGCUCUGAUCCAACGGUUAGUGCUUUUCCACCUGCCCUCUGCUUUUGCUGUGGCACAAUCGUCUACUGCACCACCUGCGGUGAAUCCAAUUCCGAAAUGGCAGUCGAGUACUGCAAACCAACGGCACAAAACGAUCUGUUCUCUUCCUGCAAUCUAUCCGUCUUCCAGAUGACGUUCUGGGAUGAGGACGAAUACGACGAGGAAAUGAUGUCCGAGAAGAGCUAUCUCAGCACAAGCAGCGAGUUUUCUUCCGAUUCACACGACGACAGCUCUUUGGGUACCGAGAUCUAA